CAUAGCGCUCAGGUGUUCCCGCAAUCCGUCGAGGUUGCAACUGAUGAAGUAGAAGCCUCCGCAUCUGUCGGUGGCUUCCGUGCUGCAUCUUCAUUCGCGACACGAAAUGUCACGAAAUUGAUCACUGAUGAGGCGACCCGAUGCCAAGUCCAUGUUGGUGCAGAUUUACGCCUCUGCCACCCAAUGAGAAGGCUGCUCACGGAUUUCCGUAUAAAACAGAGGCCGGUAAUGGACUCUCUCAUCGUCAACCGUUUCGUCUGGCGACUGAAAGUUACUACUCUACUCGUCUACCGGUUUCCUUCUCUCGCAAGAAGGCUCACUCAUAAUUUCGACUUCGGAUAGAAUCUGCUUUUGAGGCGUCUGCUCCAGACUCAGACACCAGACUCAGUUUCUCGCUCCGCGCCGCUCUGGGCUUCAGGCUUUCGGGUUUAAGGACUUCAGCAAAGCACCAUGGCCGCUUCGAUGAAUCGUCUCCUGCUUCUCGCGCUGCUCGCGCUCCUCGCCACGGCCAUCCUGGCGGAAGCUGCCAGCAAGGCCCGUUCCCAGCCGCCGGGAGGAGACGCCAAGGCCAAGGCGGCUACCAACAAGCGGGCGGGCAACUCCACUGCGGUCGGAUCGGCGGCAUCUGGAAGGAAAACAGCCGCUCGCUCGCAGCAGUCGGCCGCUCAGACGGCUGCCAGCAAGCGGCAGGGGCAGCAACAGACGGCGAGCGUCAAGAAGCAACGAUCCGCUGAAGGCCAGGAGGCAGCGGGCGGAGCGAGUCAUGUGGCGGGAGGGAGGAGGCACGUGAAUGGGAGCGCGGCGGGCGGGCGGUGGAACGGCACUGCGCCUCCCCACAGCGCGAAUGGCACUCGCAGGGGCGCCGUGAACGGCACUGACGGCCGGAGCAGGCCGAAUAGAGCUGGCCCUGCUCGCGCUGGUGCCGCUGGUGGCGAUGGUGGUGCUGCUGGCGGCCGGGGCGGUCGUGGGCGCGAAGGCAACGUCAUUGGUGUGGUGGGCGCGCGGAUGAGCGGGGCCCAGAUGGUGGGGUCAGCAGGCAUGGUGAACGGCAGUGGAGAAGUGGAACUGAGGAUUGUCAAGACCGCCACUGACAUGGACGUGCACUACUCUCUCUCCCUCGCGCACCUCUCCUCCCCCUCCCCUCCCACCUCCGCCUCCAUCCUCUCCGGCUCCGCCUCCUCCGCCUCUGCCGCGCUGCUUCUCUCCUUCCCCGCCUCCGCGUGGACCAACACCACCCGCCCCUUCCAUUGCCCCAGAAACACCACCGACAUUGCUGCUACUGCUCCCCGCGCCGCUGCUGGCUUCAGCUAUGGCGCCAGGGGCGUUUGGGCAAACGCCUCGUCCCUCUCUGCUGCUGCAGGCGGCUCUGUGGCGGCUGCUUUGAGGAGCAUUCUCGCCGCCCCGGCCUCCUUCCAUGCUCUCAUCGCCACCACUGCGUUCCCCAGCGGGGCGGUCAGGGGGCAGAUGGCAAACAUGACGCGCGGGGGGAAGUAAGGGAGGGAAGGGAAGUAGAGAGGGGGGCCUCUGUGGCUGCUGCUGUGUGGAACAUUCUCGCGCCCCCUGCCUCAAUCCACACUGUCAUCGCCACCAGUGGGGUCUCCAAUGGGGCUGUAAGGGGGCAGAUGGCGAACAUGAUGCAUGCAGGGGGGAAGUACUAAGGGAGGUCAGAGCAGGGGAGUUAGCUUAACCCAUAGUGGGUCAAGCAGUAAGGCUAGGCUAAGCAAGUACUGCAAGAAAUGCAUACUAGGGUGCAUGGAUGCUUGCUUGGGUGGUGCCCAUUGUCCAUAGCAGUAGCAGUAGUAGUGGUAUGACACCUCAUAGCAGUGCUUGUGCCACUGUGCGCUGAAGCAACAUGGAGCCUUGUAUACAAUGCGCUACGAUGCUAGCAGCAUUGUCGUGAAGUGGGAAAUACUUUUGGUG